UCAGUCCUCUCUUACGUCUAGAAGUAGGUGGUAAAUUAACGUGAAAUGUCAUCGAAAUGGCAAAUAAUUUCUUGACUUCUAAUUUUUUAGUUUUGAAUUAAAAUGUUUAUUUACUUUAAUGUAAAGUAAAAGUUUAUUUAUUGUACGCUUUUUCUGCCUGAAAUUAUAAAUUUUUUGGCCAUAACUGUGAUUGAGCCAUGUGCUAUAAGCUGUAAAAAUUGCGAGACAUAUUUAAUUAUUUGUAUUAAAUGAAAAUGGGUGAAGAUCGAGACCAAGUGGAAAGCAGUGAUUUACUGUCGGGUACAAUAAGGCCAAAAUCUGUAGAGCCAGAAAUUAAUAACAGCACAUCCAACGAACCACCUGAUGGGGGUUUCAGAGCAUAUUCUAUAGUAAUCGGUUCUUUUUUAACUAAUGGACUAUUAUUCGGUGUUAUAAAUUCAUACAGUGUUAUAUAUACAGUGCUUCAAAAGCGAUUGAAAGACGAUAAUAUUCCCAAUUCCGACAGUAAAGCAGCCUUGGUUGGAGGUUUGACAAUGGGCACAACGUUCCUACUGUCACCCUUAUCCGGCGUCCUCACUGGCCUCUUGGGGCUGCGACUUACCGCUGUCCUAGGAGGUACCAUCGCUACGGGAAGCUUGCUAAUCACAUCCUUCGUCGUUGACCACGUAGAAGCCCUUAUGUUCACGUAUGGGAUCAUGUAUGGAUUGGGCGCGUCUCUCGCGUAUACUCCUUCCUUGGCUAUACUCGGACACUAUUUCAAGAGAUACUUAGGACGCGUCAAUGGCUUCGUCACUAUUGGCAGUUCCAUCUUCACAGUUAUUAUGCCGUCGCUAAUGAAACAUAUGAUUGAGAACUACGGUCUCCAAUGGAUGUUCAGGUUCUUAGCUGUAUCCACGUUUGGGAUAGCUCUAUGCGGUUUACUAUUCAAACCGAUUUCGCUUGUUGUUAUUGAAAAACCAUCCCGUGAGGAUAAUACUUUCCAAGCUCUUAUGAAGACCAUAGUAAAUGUCCAGAUAUGGAAGAAUAAAAAAUACCGUUUAUGGGCCCUUUCUAUGCCGGUCGCUUUGUUCGGAUAUUUCGUUCCUUAUGUGCAUAUUCAGAAGUUUAUUGAAAAAACAUUUACAAAUGUUAAUGUAACCUUACCCCUUCAAUGCAUCGGUGCUACAUCUGGUUUGGGAAGGCUAAUGUUUGGUAUUUUAGCUGAUAAAAAGGGCGUUGAUAGGAUACUGUUGCAGCAGAUAUCUUUUUAUGUCAUUGGGACGUUAACGAUAAUUUUGCCAUUCGUUAAAUCAUUUGAACUGCUUAUUGUGAUAUGUUUAUGUAUGGGUAUAUUCGAUGGAGCAUUUAUAGCUUUGAUAGGUCCUAUAGCGUUUGAAUUUUGUGGGAGUGCUUACGCCGCUCAAGCAAUAGGGUGUAUGUUAGGUUUGUCAGCGACACCUUUGUCUAUCGGUGCCCCGCUAGCAGCGUACCUCUACACCUUCCAUCAAUCGUAUACUUUACCCUUCGUGUUGGCGGGAAUAUCUCCUAUAAUCGGUGCUACGCUCAUGUUCGCUAUACGUUUCCAACGUAGAUCGAAUGAAAAAAAGGAGGCCCGCUCAAAUGGACACCUUUCUAGUUCACAAGAUAUUGAGAAGCCACCAUCACCGUUACUUAAACCGAACGGCGUGUCUCAGACCACAUUAUAACACUGUACGAGAAUCAGUCAAUUCAAGUGCCUACUAUGCAGUUUACAUCAAAUUAUAAGUGAAUCUCUAUUUUUUCUCUACACUAGAACUUAUAGGAAUAUUUAUUAUCUAUCGCGUUAUUGAAUGUAUGAAUCGGCUGUGAAAUUGAUUUCUAAAUGAAAACUUUAACGCGAAUAUCAUUGCACUGUUGUAUUUUUUAAUUAUAUCAAAGAAAAACUUUUCUAACGACGCUAUAUAUUUUUGUCCGUAAGUUUUUCUAACUAUAAUUAGUUCACAGCCGGACCAUAACCAACUAGAUAUCGUGUUUUUGAAAUAUCGUGAUGAAUCGUAAUUACCUACACAAAUUAUGUUAAUUUGCCAUGUAUGUUCCUAAUUGUUAUAGUUUCUAUCAUUCUAUUAGUGUAGAUUAGGUUAAAAUGGUUAAAUAACGUGUAAGAAAAAUUUCGCAGUAUCAACAUCCCAUAGGUACAACAGUUUAUGUAUGUUCCUACAUAUCAUUUGUGUGGAGUUGAUAAUUGUAAUGUUGAUAAUUACUUUAAGUAUAUUUCAAAUGACAUUUAUUUGUAAUAAGAAUUAAUAUUUUCUUAAAGCUAUAUACUGAAUCAUGAAAAAUGAUCUUUUUACCCAAAAUAAUUCUUUCUCAGUUCUAUUUUGAUAUGAAUGUGUGGUGCUACAUAAUAUAUUAAUUAUAUAGAUGUAUAUAUAUGUUUAUGGAACCUUCAUUUAUUUUUUUGUAAAGUAUAUUAUUCUUGUUUUAUAAACUAAUGACCCUCAGCUUAUGGAACCAAAGAUUUAAACUAAAUUUAGUUCCAUAAUCUGUAGAUUGUAAGGUAUUUUUUAAGUUUAUUAGAAUUCGAAUGAUUUUUAAUUUAUCCUAUUGCAAUAUGUUAUAGAAUAUUAAUAUAUUUAAAGACUAAUAAAAUUCACACCCACCUAUUUUAAAUGACAGUUGGAAAAAUAUUUGACUUGAUGAGAUGAGACGGGAAAAUUCGGAUAAAGUCGUCAUUGACAGAAUUUUACGUAAGGAUAAGUACCUACGUAUAAGUUUUUUACCGCUGGCAAUAUCUUAAAUGUUGAUCCAUUACUAUGUUACUAUGUGAUGAGAUAUGUGAUUUGUUUAAUAUUACUUUAUUAGCUAUUUUUUUUACAAUUUUAAGUAUAUUUCACUGUCGCUUGCGUGGUCAAAAUUAGUUUUCAUUGGAAUUAAACGUUUCACCACAAUAAAAGUGUUGUAUGUCAUACACUUCGUUCCUCUAUUAAAAUAUAUCAUGAAAUCGCUCCGUUGCGACGUGUAAGUGACUCUAACAAACAUAUUUUGGAAUUUAUAAUAUUAGUAACGAUAAAACAUUAGUCAGGCAGCUUUUAACCGAACCUUCGCCCGAGUAGGUUAAUGAUAUCCUUAGGGAAAAGACAUGUCUCACCGCGGCAAAAAAGAGCCUACAUAACUCUCUAGUUUCCUAUUUAUAUCCAGACACGAGAAUCAUAAUAUUUAGAAAUUUCGUUACGGUGUGAAAUAUAUAUAUACAGAAAAUGAUUCCGGGUAAAAAUUAUAUUAUGUUAGUUUAUACAUACACUAGUAUUCAAGUAUGUACCUAACACAAAAAAUGGACGGCUUAUAUACGAACUAGCGACAGUCGUUUAAUGCUGCCCAAUUGCAAAAUCUCUUGUUAGCGGAUGUCUUGUAACUACAUUUUAGCUUCAUACCGAUACUCAUUUAUAUGUUCAGCGAUUUUUGAGAUUUGGUGAUGAAUGAGUGAGUGACAUUUCGCUUUUAUAUAGAUUCAAUUCGCAUUUUUUAAAUACUUUAAAUGUGUUUAUUGAUUGUCGCAUUUAAUCUGUAUGUUACCUUUAAAGUUCCUAAUUUAGAUUUAUAUUUAUUUUAAAUGUUAAAAUAUUUUAUUUAGUUAUUCUGGUUGAGGAUGGAAAUAAAUGGUUUUAUUAUUAAAAUGUUUCUCCUUUCCAUUAUACUCGGGUACCACCAGAAGGAUAAAUUGGGUAUUAUGGAAGUAACCUUUGGAAGGCUUUCGUGGGCGCACAUCCACCACACAGAGGCCUAUUAAGAGUUUAAAUGUGUUGUGGGACACCAGCCGCAGCCUGCUCAUAUAGACCUGGAAAGUGCGCGGGCCAUGCCAGUCGAUUAAAAAAAUGCAUAAAAGUGUCAGUGGGUUAUGGAAAAGGGGUGAAAAGAGAAGGAGUCCAUCUGCUCUUUCAACUUACGGUCGAUGGGCUCUCAAAUAAGUUACCAAAAUUAGCAAUAUAUAUAUAUUAACUAACAUAACUGUUACUGAACAUGAUAACCACCAACUGAACGGCUAGGGGUGUGCAGAAGUGUGGCACCGGUUCCACCAUCGCGUGCCCUGCAGGGCCCGGAUUGGUUUUCCCCGUUUUUUCGCCAUUAGUCUUAGCUCACUUCGCUCUUGCAGCUCCGCGCUAGAUAGCCAAUUUAGGCCAGCCAGAGGGGGGGCAGCUUGAACCUCGUCAUUGUUUACUUCGAACUGCCUCCGGAGAUGAAGACAGGGACCUCCCCCGGGAGAACUGAGGACCGCAGGGGCUCUACUGCCCGUCACCUGGCCGCAAGAUGCCCUGCGGGCUUGUUAUUAUUUUGAGUAAAUUAUAGGAAGCUAGCUAGUAGCUAGUCUAUUUACUAAAAUUGCACAUAUUCCGUUGCAUUGUUGAUGUAGUAAUAUAUGUUAGUAUAAGUAUAUUGAAUUAAAAAUAUAUGUAAAUGAAGGUAUCCGUAGACCAUAAGUGGAUUAUGAAACAAUGUUUAUUCAUAUAUUUUCGAAUGGACGUUAUAUUAGCAUUUGUUUUAUAAAUAUGAUACGAAUAUGUAAUAUAUUAGGAUAAUAUAAUCUAUGUUGAUGAUACUUUGUAAAAAAAGUAUUCUACUUAACCAAUUUCAAUGGUUAUUUUUAAUAAAGGUAAAUUACGUUCAAUAAAAGCUUACAUACAACGUACCUACAUGUUAUAAUGCAAUCGUAUUAAUACGUCUAAAUAAAUUGUUAAGAAUGUUAAACAUUUAAUUAUUGUCUUGUUGUUUAUAAUUUUGCAAUAAAAAUAUAGUAUAUCCAUAAUACCACAGAUAACAUAGUACUUGUAAAUAGAUAAUACUAAGAACAGUUUCUUUUCAAAGGUCAAUUUAAAAUGUUUUACUAUAUUUUACGAUAAAUGGAAGAUAUUUAUGAAAGGUAAAAAGAGUGGUGUAAUAAAAUUUUA